CUGAUUUCACACUAGUUGUGGCUAAGAAUUCGUAGGAGUUGGACGUGUCUCGUGUGAUAUUACGUUAAAGCGUUCGGCUGCUGAAGUUUGACGUCCCUAUCAAAUGGCUUUUUCCCAACCAAAUUCUAGAGAGCUAGAAAACAGAAAAAUACUGGAAGAAAUACAGUUGAAGAAGCAGCUACUUUUGAAGCAGGGCGUUACGCCUACUCUUGGGACUUCUUUGACUCCGCUUGACGUAUCACCCGCUACUCCUGCUGCGACUCAGCAGAAUCCUGCAACAACGGUGGAUGGUAUAGCAUUGAGUGCUUCUCAAAGUGCAGCCCUUCAGAACGCACAUGAAGCCUCUACUGGGUACUUCGUCGCCCAGGACUCGGCCUUUGGUAACUUGAUCCUGCCAGUAUUCCCGCGGUUUGAGAUCCAGUGAACUACUAUCAGGCAUAUACAAGAAUGGUUAUUGUGACUAUAAUGGCACCCAUGCGAUUCAGAGAGCUGGAAGAGUGUCUUCAACAAUUAGAUGGAUUUGAAGAGCCAAAAAUUCGUCUUGAACAAUAUUCCACGAGCGCUCACAUCGGGGCGCACAUCCUGCACACAACAUAUACACACUUUGAUGAUAUAGGAGGAAAGGCUAUUGCUCACUUGGGUGCAGGGUGUGGGGUACUCUCACUCGGGGCCCGACUUCUUGGCACUAGUCAUGUCGUCGGAUUUGAUAUUGAUGCCGAUGCGCUGUCCAUGCUCAAAAGUAAUUGCCUCGAGUUAGAAACUGAUGUCGAGGCAGUUCACUGUGACCCCAGUUGUGAUGAAUCUGCCUUUUGGCUCAAAACGCAAUGUUAGAACGGACGUCAAGUUUUUGGAGACAACAGUCAGUAUUGCUUGACAUGCCGUCUACUCUCUCCACAAGACUAGCACCCGGGAUCAUGUGGUUAGGACUGCAAAACGCCUUGGAACAACGGCAAAAAUCGUCGCUGAAUUACGAUACGAUCUUCCUCGAGCGUACAAGUUUCACAAAAAGACUUCCAUUGAUGUCCAAGUCGAUUUUAUAAGACUUGAAUUGGAUUAGGUAAACAACAUGAAAAGACACUCAUCCUCACUAAUCAAUUUCUAUGUGUAAGCAUAAUGGAAGAUUUAAUAAAUUUGUACAGAAAUA